UUCCAUCACAGCGCAUAUAAUAAUUCGUUACUCUUCAAACCAAUCUACUAUAAAUCGAGAUUCCAUUCCAUUCCGCGCAACUCCAACAAUCUUCGUUCAAUAUUUCUUCUCCUCCUCGUCUGACAUUUAUCUCGGUCUCUUUGUUUCACACUGUGUAUAUCGUGAGUGCUGGAGUCCAAAACAAAAUAAAUGCGUAUUUGUUUUCAAGUGGAAAAAAGCACAAGAUCGGUAUAGAAAGUGCUUUCGAGAGUGAAAUCCUUGGUCAGUUAAAUGGAAAAGAAGUCCGUGGAGGUGGCGAAAGAGAGAAAAUCACUGAGAUUGAGACAAAUCCGACCAGUUUUUCAUGCAAAAACCAAAAGUGAAGAUGAGGGAGUGCUCAAUAAGGCAUUAAUAAAACAGGCAUGGAAAACAGGUGUCCUCAAUUUGUCAGGAAAAGGACUCGCUCAUGUUCCCGAUAACGUCUGGAAUCUGUCCGGAUCAAUUGAUUUUGAAGAUGAGAACGAGUCGAGGUAUUGCAUGGAUAAGAGGAAAUCCACAGAGGAUGAAUGGUGGACGAGACAAAACUUAGUUGAACUGAAUUUAAGUUCAAACUCUCUAGUAACAAUAAGUACAAAUAUUCAAAACUUAGAAGAUCUGACAAAUCUGAAUCUUAGUAACAAUCUCCUGAACGAGCUACCUGCUCAAAUUGGCUCUCUUAGAAAAUUAACCCAUCUGUAUCUGAACUCUAACAAGCUGGAUAGACUGCCUGUAGAAUUCUUCAAGUUACAAGAUCUCCGUGUGCUGGAUCUUUCGCAUAACAACUUCGAGGAUGCUCACUCUGACUUUGUGGACCUUGUAAUGCUUGAGAACUUUGACUUUUCCCAUAACAAACUCAAGUCUAUCCCAAAUGGUAUUGGAUUUCUCGUUCGUCUAACAUCGCUGAAUCUCUCUUUCAACAAUCUUGAGGAACUGCCAAGUGAUAUCGUUAACAUCAGAUCGCUCAUAAAGCUUAAUAUCAUGAAUAAUGACCUGAAAAAUUUGCCGGAAUUCAUGGGUGAACUGAGAAAGAUGGAAUUUCUCUAUUCACAAAAUAACAAGAUAAGUGACAUACCUAGUUUCGUGGGUUGCAACGCCCUCAAAGAAAUCCACCUCGGAAAUAACUCAAUAACAGCUGUAACUGAUGAAUUUUGCCAAUCCUUGCCUCAAUUGAAAGUGCUGAGCUUGAAGGAUAACAAAAUAACCGAGCUUUCGAAUGAAAUUAUUCUCUUAAGGAGUCUCUCAUCAUUGGAUGUAUCGAACAAUCUUCUUGAGCAGCUGCCGUCAUCCUUAUCAAUGCUGUCGCAUCUGAGCAAUUUGCAAGUUGAUGGAAAUCCAUUGAAGACGCUGAGGCGAGAUAUUGUUCAGUGCGGAACUGCGAGGAUCCUUAAAUCUCUCAGAACUGAAAGGGUCGCAGAGAAGCCAAUUGCUAAACUCUCCGAAGUCUGCGAAGACUUUCCAGAUAAAUACGAAAUGGAGAGACACAAAGCAUUGAAUUUGAGUCUCAAAGAGCUGGUUGAUGUGCCAGAAUCCGUUUUCAGAGAUGCUGUUCAGGCUCAGGUUUCGUGUGUGAAUUUGAGCCAUAACAAAUUGGAAUCAAUUCCUGAUGGAAUUAAGGCAAUGAGCUCAAUCAUUACUGAAUUGGAUGUUUCAGUCAACUUGCUGAAGAGCCUCCCAGACUUUCUGUCGCAAUUCAGCCACAUUCACUACCUAAACAUGUCCAACAACCUCAUUGAGGACUUUCCAGAAUCCUUGGGAUUGUUAAACACCAUUCGAGAGAUCAAUAUUGCGAGCAACAGACUAACAUCAAUUCCACCAUGUAUUUAUCAAUUGACAAUGCUGGAAAUCCUUCAAGCCAGUGGCAAUCAAAUUGAGGCUAUUGACGCUUCAGAACAAGGACUGGGCGCCUUGAAGAAGCUCGCAACUUUAGAUUUAUCCAACAACAGCAUCGAGAUUUUGCCACCAAUUCUUGGGAAUAUGAAACAAAUCAAGAAUUUACAGGUCACUGGCAACAAGUUCCGGCAUCCUAGGCACCAGAUAUUAAUGAAGGGAACCUAUUCUAUACUAUCAUACUUGCGAGAUAGAAUCUCUGAGUGACAUCA